UGUCCUCGCAUGGCUCGGUGUUAACCAUGAGAUUUAAGAAUGUUACACAAACUAUUCCCAGCACAACACACAAUUGAAUAUAUGAUCGUCUCAUUAUUGCAUACAGGAUUUGACGGUUGUCUGUAUAAAAAUCGUGGCCAAAACUGCCCCAAUAAUGACGCUCCACUCAUACCCAUUUUGCUUGCGUUCUCAACGCCAAAUCCAAACCCCUUUGUGUUUUAUUCAUUUGGGUUUUUGCAAUUUUGUCCCUUUUCACACUUUCAGUUACUGGAAUUCAGACAGUGAAUUUGCAGGUGAAUUGGAGGACUUUCAAGUGUUCCUUCAUUGAUAUUGCUUCCAUCUGAGAGGAAAUUGUUUGUGGCUUUGAAGAUGUAUCUGGUGGAAAGCAAAGGAGGUGCAAUAGCAUGCAUGCUUCUUGCUCUAUUUUUCUUAGGAACAUGGCCUGCCAUUUUGACUCUACUGGAAAGACGAGGCCGUCUUCCUCAACACAUUUACCUCGAUUAUACGAUCACGAAUCUGUUGGCUGCUGUUAUUAUUGCUUUCACAUUCGGUGAAAUCGGGAAGAGCACAAUUGAAAAGCCAGAUUUCUUAAAUCAACUAUUUCAGGAUAACUGGCCUAGCGUAUUGUUUGCAAUGGCAGGUGGGAUUGUCCUCAGCCUCGGAAACCUGGCAACUCAAUAUGCUUGGGCAUUUGUGGGUUUAUCAGUGACCGAGGUGAUUUCUUCGAGCAUAACUGUUGUUAUAGGAACAACCUUAAAUUACUUCUUAGAUGACAAAAUUAACAAAGCUGAGAUCCUUUUUCCUGGUGUUGGAUGCUUUUUGAUUGCUGUUUGUCUUGGAUCUGCCGUGCAUGCGUCCAAUGCUGCAGAUAAUGAAGCCAAGAUUUCUAGAUUCUCAAGUGAUUACAAAGCUGGGACAGCGAGAAAGGAUGAUUCUGUCUCCAAGACGACAUAUGCAAACAGGGAAUAUUCUGAAAAUGAAAUUGGUACCAUUGAGAAGGCGAAGUUUGGGACUGCACAUUUUCUUAUGGAGCUUGAGGAAAAAAGGGCUAUUAAGGUUGUUGGAAAGGGCACUUUCAUUGGCUUGGCGAUAACUUUCUUUUCCGGAAUUUGCUUCUCUCUUUUCUCACCAGCAUUCAAUUUGGCGACUAAUGAUCAAUGGCAUACUCUGGAAGACGGUGUUCCCCACUUAAGUGUCUAUACUGCAUUUUUUCACUUCUCAGUAUCCUGUUUUGUGAUCGCCAUCAUUCUGAAUGUCAAUUUCCUGUACAACCCUGUUCUGAACUUGCCCAAAUCGUCAUUGAAGGCCUAUCUAUCAGACUGGAAUGGUAGAGGGUGGGCCCUUUUGGCUGGACUUUUAUGUGGGUUCGGAAAUGGUCUUCAAUUUAUGGGAGGUCAAGCUGCUGGAUAUGCUGCAGCAGAUGCAGUUCAGGCACUUCCACUUGUCAGCACCUUUUGGGGUAUCCUUCUGUUUGGAGAGUACCGGAGAUCAUCAAGAAGGACAUACGUAUUUCUCAUAAGCAUGUUGUUAAUGUUUAUCGUGGCUGUUGGCGUCCUCAUGGCUUCAUCAGGGCAUCGAAAGUAACCGCAGUUGUGUGAAGGAAGUGUCUCUUGUAUAUCAGCGUGCCAAGCUCACUAGCUGUUAGGUCGACACACUAGAGGCAUACGCUUGUAAAUGGAUACUUUCUUUCAUCCUCGUUUCUUUGAAUAUAAUUUCGAAAUCUUGAUAUCUUCUAUGUUAUGUUUCGAUAUGAUUUUAAUCCAUUCGAUGCAUUUCGACUUA